ACAUUUAAUUUGGUCGAUAAUUGACCCGACACCACAACAUAAAAGGAAGGAGAAAAUGAUGGAUUGUAAACUUUGUAUCGCAGAAAAUACGGAUCGAUUGAGGUGUACUGUACGUUUAAAAUAUAAUGAAAUCGUAAUAAGAUCAUAUUGGCUUGCUUCAAGUUAGAGUACAAUUCUUAUGCACAUUGAGUCGUCUUUCUAACACACCGAUGCAUGAUCUAUAGUCGUUGGAUGCAUUAGGACAAGCUGGAAUCCCGAUGGGUGUCAAUACCAUAGCCUCACUGUAAGGAAGGUCAAUGGAUAUAUCAUAUAUUUUACGUGGCCUACAGUCAACGUCGACGGGUGCACAUGAUCGAAUUAAUUAUUUACAAAAUAAUUGUCAUCAAAUGUGUAUCCAACGACUAUAGAAUAAGGGUCACACCAUAUUAUAACGAUUGUUUUAUGACUUGUUUGGCUCUUUGCAAAAGUUUUUGUAAAGAUAACAUGCACCAAAACUCUUUAAUUUAUCGUCAUAGGAAUUUACUAACAAAUUAGUCAUACCAUUUAAAUUUUGACAACCACAAUUAAUUUGUAUGCCAUUAUCAGUAACAUAUUACCGUAAAUCUCACAUAUACGAUAGCAUAUCACAAUCAAUCGUCAUAAUACGAUUUGUCUCGAAUGAAAACGAAAUAAAAAAUUAUUAAAUUAACAUGUUUUUCUGCAUUAGCUAUCGACAUUUUGAAAGGGAAAUAGGAAACGGAAAGGGAAACAUGCGUUUACUUCUUGGGUUAUAAUAACAUUUGUAAGAAAUGACAUCCAAAACUGAAAACUCUAAACGCCAGAUCUACCUUCCUCGUCGGAAAGGUUAGGUUAGAAGCAGGUCGUCGAAAAGUAAAGAAAGGAUUGUUUAAUUAGGUUAACCUUAGACGCCGGCGGUGAACAUGGGUUCUUAAUUACACAAAACCAAAACAGAUAAACAAAUCCUCCAUUGACUGAGUGUCCCUAGAACUAGAAUGCAAUAAUGCAUGGGGUAUUCUUUUAGUGCAGGUGGUGCAGGGAAAUCUUCAAUUUCCAUGCCCAACCAACAACCCCAAGACAACAAUUUAUUCAGUUGAUUAUAGAUUAGCUAGAUGUCUAGAUGAAAGGAAUACCUUCCAAUUUCUUAAGUUGAUAUCUGCCUUAUGGUUUCACAAUCCUUGAGUGACAUAGUCAACAGCUUGGUGCAUGUCAAGAACCAGUUGCACCCAAUAACUAGAGUUGUUGGGAGAGGUUCAAUCGUGGAUCAUAUACCACAACACUAACACGCCCCCUCAAACGAAAGCCACUCACAAGGGCUUGAAGUUUGCACAGGUCUGAAGACAAGAAUACCAUGUGCUUAACAAAUGGGGGUCACCGGGAAUCGAACACAAGUCCUCUUGGUCACAUAAGGCUCUGAUACCAUGUCAAGAACCAGUUGAUCCCAAUAACUCGAGUUGUUGGGAGAGGUUCAAUCGUGGAUCAUAUACCACAACACUAACAGUGCAUAGAUAGAUUAUCAAUUAUAUUGUCCAAACUACCCAUGAUGAUGAUACCAAAGACAACAAUUUACAAUUGACUAUUGAAUCCUUAACACCAUAAAUAAACAUAUACCCAUCACGUUGGAUUAUGCUACAACAGCACUUAUUACGCCUCAUUGGGCUUCAGGAUUCCUUCCGGGCAAGUGGGCAACUCCACCUUAUCUUUUCAUCAUAAUAAAUUUUCAUUCUCCGAAACCCAGAGGAGCUAGAGCUACCCUUUUGCUCAGCGUACCCAGAACAAGAUGAUAAUGGGAAGUGGAGAUGGAACAGUAGUGGCCGUUACUGGAGCUUCAGGUUUCAUAGCUUCAUGGCUGGUCAAGCUCUUGCUUCAACAUGGCUACACCGUCAAAGCCUCUGUUCGUGACCCAUCCGACCAGAAGAAGACAUCCCAUUUAUUUGGACUUCCUGGAGCCAAGGAAAGGCUGGAACUUUUCAAAGCAGAUUUACUGGAUGAUGGGUCUUUCGAUUCCGUCGUUCAAGGUUGCGCCGGAGUCUUCCACACCGCUUCUCCCGUUUCCUUCUCCGCCGCUGAUCCCCAGGCAGAGAUAAUUGAUCCUGCGGUGAAAGGAACCCUCAACGUUCUGAAAUCAUGUGUCAAGUCCGCCACUGUAAAGAGAGUGAUCGUCACCUCUUCCGCUGCAGCGCUUUUCUUCACCGGGAAACCAAUGAGCAAAGAUUCUGUCGUUGAUGAGACUUGGUUCUCCGAUCCAAUGAUUUGUCAGGAACGCAAGCUUUGGUAUCAACUUGGCAAGACUUUGGCUGAGAUAGCUGGCCGAGAAUUUGCUAAUGAGAAUGGGAUUGAGUUGGUGACAAUCCAUCCUGGUCUUGUAUCUGGACCAUUUUUACACCCCACUCUUUGCUUCUCAGUGGAGGUUAUUCUCAACCUGGUAAACGGAAACAAGACUUACCCCAAGAUGCAUUAUUGGUCAGUUGAUGUUAGAGAUGUUGCUGAAGCUCACAUAAGAGCCUUUGAGAUUCCAUCAGCUUAUGAUAGAUACUGCUUAGUUGGGAAUGGUGUCAGUCUCUCUGAAGUUUUGGAGAUUCUUCAUAAACUCUACCCAACAUUGCCUCUUGCUGACAAGUGUGACGAAAUGGAUAUGCUGAAGCUCCCUGAAUUUGAGAUUUCAAAGGAGAAGGCAGAAGAAAGCUUAGGGAUGAAGUUCAUCCCACUAGAGGAGUCUCUCAGGGACACAAUUGAAUGCUUGAAGGACAAAGGAUUCAUCUAUUUAUGAUUUUGGAGACUUUAUUAUUUAAUUAUGUAUGUGUUUGAUGGCAAAAGCUAGCGUACUAUACACAUGUGUUCACACUUUUUUCUUUUGAUAUAUUUCAGUGAACCAAAAUCGUCGAUUAUUAUCUUUAUAUUAAAUGAAACAUAUGGUUUGUGUUGGAGAAUUAGAAACUAAAAUCACCCAUUAGAGGUUAGAGUAUAAUAUAACGCCCCAAACUCCUAUUAAUUUAUUAUCUAAAUAGAAAAACUCGAUGAGCGUAUGUCAUAUGCUAGCUUGAACCAUGUUUGAAUUAUUUAAGGAGAAAAUUUGUUUGUUGUUGUUGUUGUAUUAUAAAAAGAUGAGUUUGAGGUUUACUAAGGUUAUUUUGUAAAUAAACUUAACUCUAAGGGCAUUCUUGUAAGAGACAUAUGACACCUUUUUAUUGGUCUCUUUUUCUUUUCUUUUUAUCAUUUUUUAUCGACUCUCUCCCUCUUUAAUCUCUCCACCAAUUUUUUUUAUAUUAUUAUUUUUUGUGCUAAAAUCGAUUAAUUUUCGUAUUUGUUUUUGAAUUUUUAACCUCUCGAAACCGAUGAAAAUGCUCGAGACUGACUUUCGCACUUAGUUACAUAUUUUUACUCAUCUCUCUCACUCGAUGUUGAAUACAAAAUUAAAAAUAAAACCUCUUGCUCUCAAUUGGAAAGUCAAAAGAGGCAUCGGAACCAAUGAAAUAGCUCAGGACUAACUUUCGUAUUUGGGUAUGCAUUUUUACUCAUCUCUCACUCGAUAUUGAAUAGAAAGUUAACGAUGAAAUCUCACUCUCAAUCGAAAAGUCGAAAGAGGUAUCGAAACCAAUGACAUAGGUCGAGGCCGACUUUGGUAUUUUGUUAUGCAUUUUUACCUUUCUCCCUUGCUCGAGGUCGUAUUCGUGGAAUUUCUUACCAUGAUUGGUUUUAUUACUUGUUACUUUUUUUUAUUAAAUGGGAAUUAGACCUGCAAAUUUUUUUAGUUUGUGUUCCUUACGAUAUUAGUUUAUUCCCACUUACAUUCACACAUGUAACUUUUUACAUUGCUCUCGCUUGACGCAAAGCGCAAUGAGCGGACUUUUCUAGUCUUUGUUAUUCUUAUCUAAUCACAAAAGAUAUGCUUGUAAUUCAUGUCGCCUUAAUCAAUCCGAUUCACACUAGAUUGCAACUCGAUGUGACCCAAACCCAUGAUGCUUAAGAUAACACGUAACUGUUACAAUCCUACCCAAACUUUGUCUUUUUUUUAUCAUUGUUGCACCUGUAAUCGUAGUCGGGACGAGAUACGGUGACAACCCCUAAUGGGGUUGUCAGAUUUACAACCCACUUCAUAGCCCUUCAGUGGUACCAUUUUUUUCUGGUAGCUUACCAGUGAUAGUGGUACCUACCACUACCAUAAGGUAGCUGGUAGUGGUAGCGUACCACUAUCAUCUGGUACCACUAUCAUCUGUUUUUUGUGUGUUAUUCUCUACUGGUAUCGCUACCAAUGCUAGUGGUAGCGCUACCAGUGCUAGUGGUACAUUUAUUCUCUACUGGUACCGCUACCAAUGGUAGUGGUAGCGUUGUACUGGUAGCGUACCACUAGUACUGGUACAUUUUUUAACGCAUUGGUAGCGUACCACUAGCACUGGUAUAUUAAUUACCAGUAGACUAAUGGAUUUGUACACUUUUUAACGCACUGGUACAUUUUUUCAGGUUGCCGGAGGGAGUCUGUCGGAGAGAAUUCGCCGGAGAAAAAGUCUGUCCGUCGAUGCGGAGUGGCCGCUGGAGAAAGGAAGAGAGAGAUAAAUAGAGAUAUUAAUGUAUAGGAUUUAAAUUUCAAAAAAAAUUGUAUUUAAUAUGGAUUUUUAAUUCCUAAUAUAAUUAAUACACAAAAGGUAAUUAA